GCCACGCCAUUCUGGUGGGGCCCCACCGGACUCCGGAGUUCCGACGACGACGUGGACAUUGAAGUAAUAUUUGGAAGACACGAGGCGAUUUUGACGGGCUCGACUACUUAAUAAUCGCGCGCAUUCCUCGGCUCCUGCCUUCGCCGCCAGGCAGCGCCACCACUGCUGCCGUACCCUCCGCCACCAGCAGCAGCCGGGGAAGUCAGCCCCGGCGGACCACGAUGAGCUCCGCAACGGUUUCCAAUUUCCUCCACCAGGCGUCGCUCUUCUCUAAAGAAGUACUCUCACAGCCGGAUGCCCGCUUACGCCUCCGGCGUUCCCUCGUUGCCCGCCCGUCGAGCAACGCAGAACCCUCCCUCUCUUCCCUCCAGCUCGCCGCCGAAACCCUCGACCGCGCCAUCCUCGCUCCCGACUCGGACUCUCGUCUGGACCUACUAGACCGCGCUGAGGAGCUCCUACUCUCUGCCCUAGGGGGUGAUCCCCACACCUCCGCCGUCGCGUUCCUCCACCUCGCCGUCGUCUCCACUCUCCGUGGCAAUCCGGUCCGCUCCGCUCGAUUCCUCCUCGAUGCCUUCGCUUCCGACCCGUCUUCCGCGCGCGGCGAUCUCGCGCCAAAGGUAUGGGAAGAAUCCCUCGUGCAACCACUCCUCCCGCUGCAUCGGCUGUUCUAUGCCGAGAAGCAGGCGAUCCUUGCUUCCGUCUCGUCGGAGUUCCAAGACCGGCAGGGAUCCAUGUCGGCGUUGGAUUUCUCGUUCACGAGCGAGUCGCUCGCCUUCGACGAGGCCUCUCGCCGGCAGCUGCUGUCGAGAAUGAGCAACGAGACGGUGGAGGAGCUGAGGAUGCUGGAGGAUGCUUACGAGGAAGCUCUAGACGAGAACACGAAGCUUCUGGCCAACUUCUUGAGGGAAUUUCUGGAGAAUUCAGAGGGCAAAGAGCUUACGAACACUAAGAAGAAGAAAAAGAAGAAGUUCUUCGUGCCGGUGAUUCAUAAAGUGAGGGGAAUUAGGGUUUCGGGAGCAGAGAAGCUGCCGGAGAAGACGGGAGACGCCGGAUUCCGCGACGGACGGUAUAAUCCAAUCUCGGACGAGGAGGGUGCCACUGACCUCUCCUCCACCUCCAUAACUGAAAAGCCUUUGGUUUCGUGGCGGCGUAUGGUUCCUGCCGACCUUAAAACAGAAGUCGUAAGCACUAGCUCGGAUUACAGCAGUCUUCUAAUGGAAGGACUGGUCCUUUCCUCAGCCCAUUCCCUUACUUCUUCUGACACGGAGGACGAAGAGGAGGAUGGCAUGCACGGAGACACCUCAUUUUGUGAGCGUAAGCGGGGAACUGGCGAACAAGCAGAAACAAGCUGUUCACUGGGCUUGUUAAUGGAUGCGUCUGACCAUGGUUCGACGACCCACCAGCCUGUGCUGUCAACAGAUUUCUUGUACCCCAUAACGGGUCAAGUCUUUGACGAUCAGGUGACGCUAGAAACGGGACAAACUUAUGAGCGAAGUGCCAUUCAGGAGUGGAUUGAGGGAGGGAGGAAAGACAUAUGCCCUAUUAAGCACCAAAAACUGUCGGCCACCAUCCUGCCCAAAACCAACUGUGUUCUAAAGGAUCUCAAUGCGAACUGGAGGGAGAAGAAUGCAGGUUCAGCUAAGGAGACCAAAGUCCUUGUUCAAUCUAAAUAUGAAAGCCCUGAAAUCGGUCUCUCGGGUUCAAUGAAACUCAAACACUCCUCGUCCGAAAUUAGUGUUACCAGCCAGGUUGAUGGGAUCGUCCCGGAGCUCACAUCGGAUAUAAGCAAGCUCUGGUUGUCAGGAAGUCUGCAUGAAAUAGAGAAUUCUGUGCUUGCUAUCAAAAGGGCUUGGGGUAAUGCAGAUGCGGACAAUGAAAUUCGGACCUCGUUGGCAAAACCUGACGUUGUUAGCAGGCUUGUGGAGAUACUCUUCAACUCCUUGGAUAUUCGGGUGUUAAGGACGACCAUUUAUCUACUGUCAGAGCUGGUUGCAAGGGAUGAAACUGUCAUGCAGACACUCAUGCAGAGUUAUCCCAAUAUUUUGGAAAAAGUAGUUGUGCUGCUUAAGAAGGGGAUCUUUGAGGCUGCUACAUUAAUUUCACUUCUGAGGCCAUCAUGGGCAAGUCUUGUAGCCAUGGAUCUGAUUCAUUCCCUACUUGCAGUUGUGAAGGCAGCAGUGCAAGAAGGAAGUGAGCAACCACGGAUGUAUUUGAGGCCAAAGACUGCUGCUAUCCUUCUUUUGAUGGAAGUUCUUAAGGGAGAUGAUGGUAAUGUCCAUAAGGUUGGUGGUGCUGUAAUUGCGGAGAAGGCGCUUGAGAAUGUAGUCAGUAGCCUCGAGUCUGAUAGAACCGAGGAGAGAAUUGCAGCUAUUAGAAUCCUAUUAAACUGCAUUAAAGAGAAAGGAAGUUGCAGGAGAAUAAUUGCUGACAAGGUUAAUUUGUCUUCUGUCUUUGGAAUCUUUAUGAGUGCCAGUGUUGCGGAGAAGUUUGAAAUUGUUGGUUUCCUGUCUGAACUCGUCCGCAUAAACAGGACAUGCAGCGAGCAGCUUCUGCAAAAGAUGAAGGAUGAGGCUUCUUUCAGCUUAAUGCAUGGCCUUCUUCUCUACCUACAGACAGCUCUGCUAGACCAGUGCCCUGUGAUCGCUGGUCUCCUACUCCAACUUGAUCUCUUGGCAGAACCUAGAAAGAUGAGCAUAUAUCGAGAGGAAGCCAUAGAUGUACUCAUUUCUUGCCUUAGAGAUUCUACAUCUCCUACAGCCCAAAUAGCUGCUGCAGAAGCUAUAAUUGCACUCCCAGGAAGGUUCUCUGCAUCGGGAAAGCCACUUACCCGUUCUCUCCUUCUUAAACGUGCUGGAAUCGACAAGAAUUUGAGAGCCAUGAUGCAAAGAGACCAAAGAUGUCUUAUUGAAAGUGCGGUAGUGGAUAAUUUGGAAGAGGAGAAGGCUGUGAAAUGGGAAAAGAAGAUGGCAUUUGCUCUAGUCAGCCAUGAGUUUGGCCUGAUUUUUGAAGCUUUAGGAGAGGGUCUGAAGAACAGUUAUAAGGAACUAUCUGCAAGAUGCUUUGUUUCAGCAACCUGGCUUGCUUCUAUUCUAGGAGAGCUUCCAGACACAGGGGUACGUGGAGCUGCUCGUAUAUGCUUGCUAGAACUUUUUAUUUCAAACUUUAAGUCGGCUCAAGAAGUGGAAGAGAGAGCUCUUGCAAUGCUUGCCAUGAAUAGCUUUAUACAUGACCCUGAUGGUUUCCAAGUUCUUACUUCACAUAUGAGAGACAUACUGAAAAAAUUGAGGGAAUUGAAGGAGGUAUCCUCUUUAUCAGCUGAAAUGAUUAAGGCUCUUACAGGACAGCAAGAACCCAAUGCUGGUAUCUGGUUUCAUAAAGAGUUGUUUCAAAUGAGUUGCAGUAUGAAUGGAGGAGUGCUAGCUAUGAAUUGCUACAGAGAUCUUAUUUUUAGUGGCCAUUCAGAUGGAACAAUCAAGGUCUGGGGCAUUGAAGGAAGCCGUCUACACUUAAUCCAGGAAACUCGAGAACAUUCAAAAUCAGUUACAAGCUUGGAAGUCUUGCAGAACAAUGGGAGAUUAUACAGUGGCUCUUUGGACAAAUCAAUAAGGGUCUGGUCUGUGGGUGUGAACAGAAUAGAGUGUGUUGAAGUCCACAAUGUGAAGGAUGUGGUUCAUGGUCUUGCUGUUGCUAAUGCUGUUGCUUGUUUCAUAACCCAGGGACCUGGUGUAAAGGUGCAUCCCUGGAAUGGUAUCUCCAACUUGGUAAUUGCUAACAAGCAUGUUAGGUGCAUCCGUUUGGUACAUGGAAGACUUUACUGUGGAUGCAAUGAUGGCAGCAUUCAGGAAGUUGAUCUGGCAACUGGAACUUCAAUCACAAUUCAACCAGCUACGAGGAAAUUGAUAGGAAAAACUAAUCCAAUUUAUACUCUGGAAGUCGGUGAUGGUUUCCUUUACUCAUCCCACGCUUCUUUAGAUGGGGGACCAACCGUGAAGAUGUGGACUACAGCAUCCUAUACAACGGUGGGAUCAUUAGUGCCUACUGCAGAUGUGCGAUCCUUGGCCAUAACUUCUGAGCUAAUCUACCUAGGCUGUCGAACAGGUAGUAUAGAGGUGUGGUCAAGGGAGAACCACAGGAGAGUAGGAACACUGGAGACUCGGACUAACAGUAAGGUGCUAUGCAUGUCCUUGCAUGCCAACGGUGAAGUUUUGGUUCUUGGAACUGCAGAUGGACAGAUCCAAGCAUGGGAAAUCAGCUAAAAGUGGUCUAGAAGAACACUGGUAUUAAGAAAGCCUGCUUACAAAAAUUUAGUUGAAGGAAUUCAAUUUUCUCUGUUUCCUUUUUCUAUUUCCUCGUAAUCAAUUUGAGGAGUUCAUUCACAUGCUUGUAUUCUUUGGCCUUUCUUCUCGAAAGGCUCCAUAUUGUUGUAAAAAGCGAUACACCGAGCAAACCACGGAAGAGUUGUAUCCCAUUAUUGUACAGAUUGGUCCCUGUAUAGCAAUUUUUACGCAUAAUACUAACGUGAAGUUCAUGUUCAACCAAC